AUGUGGGAUGCUGACGAGGCAGAGGUGUGGGUGUGGGGGAGGGGUCUGGGGAUUGGGUUGGACGACGGGGCGAGGGGGUUCCCUCUUCCCUCCCUGGCAGAUUUGUUUACUGGUAAUUAAUUUACCUGAUUGACACAACAGCUGCUGGAGCAGUGGGAGGAAAGCAAGCUGUGUGCUGAGCCGGCCUCCUCUCUCCACUUGUCAUGGAGGGCUUUCCCGUGUAGCCAUGUUUGGAGUCAGGUUCCUGAGUUCCUGCACCACGCUGCUCUCUCUCUCCCAUUGAUUAAAAGGCACAUCUGUCAGCCAGCAGCCUCUCCAGUUAAUCUUUAAGGAGUUGACUUCAGUGACAGAAUUAUUGGAGCAGUUGAAGCUGGGUCUGAAGAGGAGGAGAGUUGGAGAGGUGCUAGGAGAGGGGAGAGGGAGGGGGCGGUGAUGACAAGCAGCAGUCGCGUGGCGAUGAAUUCAGUGGUUGGUCAUGGAGAUCGACUGAGGCUUUCCAGUUCUUCCAGUCCAAGCCCAUGCAGAUGCACAGCCAAGCAGUCUAUCUGCCAGCUCCACUCUGCUCUACUGACUGCUACUAUGGUCUCACCACUGGCACCACGACACACACACACACACACACACACACACACGAAGCACCCUCUAUCUGAAAUUAUUUUAUUCCAACCUGUCUGGAUCCUCUCACACCUACUCAUCAACCCCAGAUUUCUUUCUUCUAAAUCCUCCCAUCUUCCAAAAACCUAAACCAGGACUUCUUAGUCUUACCAUUAAUGAACUCAGCCAGCCUGCUGUUAAUCUCCAGCUCUAAUAUUCAUAUUUAUUGUUCCUGUAGCAGAAAGAGAACAGCCGUAGCAUUGGUGAAUAAUGUAGGUUUAACAGAGUGGCUAAAUCCACUCCUGGACUGCGUUUAUAGCAGUAGUGUCUGCAGGAGUCGAGCGGUCUCUGUGUGUGUGUUUGUGUUGUGGCCAGCCAGCCAGCCAGCAAGUGAUCUGUGUUUCCCUGCUUGUCUCGGAGCAGAUAAGACUGGAUCUAUUACCCCCUGGAACCCAGGUCCAGAUCAAUGGGGCAGAUUGCAACUCUCACUCACUGCCUCAUGUCCAGCUAGGCAGCAGGAUGGAUACUGAUAAUUAAAACAGCGGUAGCUAAUUACUUCAGAGUGCUCACAGAACAAUCAAUGGGUUUGGGUUGGUUGUGUGUGUGUUCUUCUUAGGAGGAGAUAUAAAUACAGACCCACUGGAAGGAACCAUCAUUAACUGUAUUAUUUAUGGAUAGAGGGGAGGGAAGGGAGAGUAAGCAGGACGCAGUGCUGCUGCAGAAAUACAGGAGAGAGAGAAGGAGCAGAGACAAUUAUGUGUAAAAGGUUAAAUACUGUGGGGGUAUUGUGUAUCUGCGCAUGUGUUUGUGUGCAUGAGAGAGCGGGAGCUAGCGGUGGCAAACAGGCCAGCUAUCAAAAGCCACAGGCUCCUUUAAACUCCAUCUCUCUCUGCUUCUCUCUCUCUCUCACUCUAUCUCUGCUUCUCUCUCUCUCUCUUUCCCUCGCUUUCCCUCCCUCUCCCUCUCUUUCUUGCUCCCUGGCCAGGCUGAUGAUUGACGGCCUGAGGGUUUUAAUGGGCAUUGGAGAGCAAGAGCUGAGGUCGGGGUUGUCAUGGCAACAAGGAGAACAGGCCUUUCGCUGCAUUACCUGAGAGUGCAGUGGAGCCUCGCUGGCUGGCUGGCUGACUAGCUGGCUGUGUGCUUCAGAAACAGUCUCCCCUCCUCCUCUCCCCCCUCCUCACUCCAACCCCCUCUCCCCCCUCCUCUCUCCUCCCCACCCUGAGCAGCCCAGCCUGCCGUCCAUGUCAGCUUCUACUGACCAACCGGUCGCCUGCGCUCGGCUCAGCUACCCAGCAUGCCUCUGAUCACACUGCAGAUAAUGCAGAUAAGGCCACCUGUAAUUAUCUCUGUUUAUACAGACCACUGUCUGUCUCUCCAUCUGUGUGUGUCUGUGAGAUUUUAUAUAUAUAUAUAUAUACAGUACCAGUCAAAAGUUUGGACACACCUACUCAUUCAAGGGUUUUUCUUUAUUUUUACUAUUUUCUACAUUGUAGAAUAAUAGUGAAGACAUCAACUAUGAAAUAACACAUAUGGAAUCAUGUAGUAACCAAAAAAGUGUUACACAAAUCAAAAUAUAUUUUAUAUUUGAGAUUCUUCAAAUAGCCACCCUUUGCCUUGAUGACAGCUUUGCACACUCUUGGCAUUCUCUCAACCAGCUUCACCUGGAAAGCUUUUCCAGCAGUCUUGAAGGAGUUCCGACAUAUGCUGAGCUCUUGUUGGUUGCUUUUCCUUCACUCUGCGGUCCGACUCAUCCCAAACCCUCUCAAUUUGGUUGAGGUCAGGGGAUUGUGGAGGCCAGGUCAUCUGAUGCAGCACUCCAUCACUCUCCUUCUUGGUAAAAUAGCCCUUACACAGCCUGGAGGUGUGUUGGGUCAUUGUCCUGUUGAAAAACAAAUGAUAGUCCCACUAAGCCCAAACCAGAUGGGAUGGCAUAUUACUGCAGAAUGCUGUGGUAGCCAUGCUGGUUAAGUGUGCCUUGAAUUCUAAAUAAAUCACAGACAGUGUCACCAGCAAAGCACCCCCACACCAUAACACCUCCUCCUCCAUGCUUUACGGUGGGAACUAUACAUGCGGAGAUCAUCCGUUCACCCACACCGCGUCUCACAAAGACACGGCGGUUGGAACCAAAAAAGGACACAUUUCCACCGGUCUAAUGUCCAUUGCUUGGCCCAAGCAGAUCUCUUCUUCAAAUUGGUGUCCUUUAGUAGUGGUUUCUUUGCAGCAAUUCGUCCAUGAAGGCCUGAUUCACACAGUCCCCUCUGAACAGUUGAUGUUGAUGUGUCUGUUACUUUAUUUGGGCUGCAAUUUCUGAGGCUGGUAACUCUAAUGAACUUAUCCUCUGCAGCAGAGGUAACUCUCUCUUCCAUUCCUGUGGCGGUCCGCAUAAGAGCCAGUUUCAUCAUAGCGCUUGAUGGUUUUUGCGACUGCACUUGAAAAAACGUUCAAAGUUCUUGACAAUUUCCAUGUUGACUGACCUUCAUGUCUUAAAGUAAUGAUGGACUGUCGUUUCUCUAUGCUUAUUUGAGCUGUUCUUGCCAUAAAAUGGACUUGGUCUUUUACCAAAUAGGGCUAUCUUCUGUAUACCACCCCCUACCUUGUCACAACCCAACUGGUUGGCUCAAAUGCAUUAAGACGGAAAUAAAUUCCACAAAUUAACUUUUAAGAAGGCACACCUGUUAAUUGAAAUGCAUUCCAGGUGACUACCCCAUGAAGCUGGUUGAGAGAAUGCCAAGAGUGUGCAACGCUGUCAUCAAGGCAAAGAUUGAAAAAUCUCAAAUCUCAAAUAUAUUUUGAUUUGUUUAACACUUUUUUGGAUACUACAUGAUUCCAUAUGUGUUAUUUCAUAGUUUUGAUGUCUUCACUAUUAUUCUACAAUGUAAAAAAUUGUAAAAAAUAAAGAAAAACCCUUAAAUGAGUUGGCAUUUUUCCUAUUUUGUUGCCUUACAACCUGGAAUUAAAAUUUGAUUUUUAGGGGGUUUGUAUAAUUUGAUUUACACAACAUGCCUACCACUUUGAAGAUGCAAAAUAUUUGUUCUUGUGAAACAAACAAGAAAUAAGACAGAACUUGAGCGUGCAUAACUUCACCCCCACGAAGUCAAUACUUUGUAGAGCCACCUUUUUAUAGCAAUUACAGCUGCAAGUCUCUUGGGGUAUGUCUCUAUAAGCUUGGCACAUCUAGCCACUGGGAUUUUUGCCCAUUCUUCAAGGCAAAACUACUCCAGCUCCUUCAAGUUGGAUGAGUUCCGCUGGUGUACAGCAAUCUUUAAGUCAUACCACAGAUUCUCAAUUGGAAUGAGGUCUGGGCUUUGACUAGGCUAUUCCAAGACAUUUAAAUGUUUCCCCUUAAACCACUCAAGUGUUGCUUUAGCAUUAUGCUUAGGGUCAUUGUCCUGCUGGAAGGUGAACCUCCGUCCCAGUCUCAAAUCUCUGGAAGACUGAAACAGGUUUCCCUCAAGAAUUUCCCUGUAUUUAGCGCCAUCCAUCAUUCCUUCAAUUCUGACCAGUUUCCCAGUCCCUGCCGAUGGUGUUCUCAGGGUGAUAAGAGGUGUGGGGUUUGCGCCAGACAUAGCUUUUUACUUAAUGGCCAAAAAGCUCAAUUUUAGUCUCAUCUGACCAGAGUACCUUCUUCCAUAUGUUUGGGGAGUCUCCCACAUGCCUUUUGGCGAACACCAAAUGUGUUUGCUUAUUUUUUUCUUUAAGCAAUGGCUUUUUUCUGGCCACUCUUCCGUAAAGCCCAGCUCUGUGGAGUGUACGGCUUAAAGUGGUCAUGUGGACAGACACUCCAAUCUCCGCUGUGGAGCUUUGCAGCUCCUUCAGGGUUAUCUUUGGUCUCUUUGUUGCCUCUCUGAUCAAUGCCCUCCUUGCCUGGUCUGUGAGUUUUGGUGGGCGGCCCUCUCUUGGCAGGUUUGUUGUGGUGCCAUAUUGUUAAAAACAUUUAAUAAUGGAUUUAAUGGUGCUCCAUGGGAUGUUCAAAGUUUCUGAUAUUUUUUUAUAACCCAACCCUGAUCUGUACUUCUCCACAACCUUGUCCCUGACCUGUUUGGAGAGCUCCUUGGUCUUCAUGGUGCCGCUUGCUUUGUGGUGCCCCUUGCUUAGUGGUGUUGCAGACUCUGGGGCCUUUCAGAACAGCUGUAUAUAUACUGAGAUCAUGUGACACUUAGAUUGCACACAGGUGGACUUUAUUUAACUAAUUAUGUGACUUCUGAAGGUAAUUUUUGGAAAUGUUAUUUUUUUCAUUUCACUUCACCAAUUUGGACUAUUUUGUUUAUGUCCAUUACAUGAAAUCCAAAUAAAAAUCAAUUUAAAUUACAGGUUGUAAUGCAACAAAAUAGGAAAAACGGCAAGGGGGAUGAAUACCUUUGUAAGGCACUGUAUCUCUAUAUAUGGUCAUAAGUAUGUGGACAGCUGCUCGUCGAACAUCUCAUUCCAAAAUUAUGGGCAUUAAUAUGGAGUUUGUCCCCCCCUUUGCUUCUAUAACAGCCUCCACUCUUCUGGGAAGGCUUUCCACUAGAUGUUGGAACAUCGCUGCGGGGACUUGCUUCCAUUCAACCACUAGCAUUAGUGAGGUUGGGUACUGAUGUUGGGCGAUUAGGCCUGGCUCACAGUCGGCGUUCCAAUUCAUCCCAAAGGUGUUCGAUGGGGUUGAGGUCAGGGCUCUGUGCAGGCUAGUCAAGUUCUUCCACACCGAUCUCGACAAACCAUUUCUGUAGGGACCUCGCUUUGUGCAUGGGGGCAUUGUCAUGUUGAAACAGAAAAGGGCCUUCUCCAAACUGUUGCCACAAAGUUGGAAGCACAGAAUCGUCUAGAAUGUCAUUGCAUGCUGUAGCGUUAAGAUUUCCCUUCACUGGAACUAAGAGGCCUAGCCCGAACCAUGAAAAAUAGCCCCAGACCAUUAUUCCACCUCCACCAGACUUUGCAGUUGGCACUAUGCAUUCGGGCAGGUAGCGUUCUCCUGACAUCCGCCAAACCUAGAUUUGUCUAUCGGACUGCCAGAUGGUGAAACGUUUUUUAAUCACUCCAGAGAUUGCAUUUCCGCUGCUCCAUAGUCCAAUGGCGGCGAGCAUUACACCACUCCAGCUGACGCUUAGCAUUGGCAUGGUGAUCUUAGGCUUGUGUGCGGCUGCUCGGCCAUGGAAACCCAUUUCAUGAAGUUCCCGACGAACAGUUCUUGUGCUGACGUCGCUUCCAGCGGCAGUUUGGAUCUCUGUGGUGAGUGUUGCAACCGAGGACAGAUUUUUACGCACUUCAGCACUCAGCAGUUCAGUUCUGUGAGCUUGUGUGGCCUACCACUUCGCGGCUGAGCCGUUGUUGCUCCUAGACGUUUCCACUUCAUAAUAACAGCACUUACAGUUCACAGGGGCAGCUCUAGCAGGGCAGAAAUUUGACGAAGUGACUUGUUGGAAAGGUGGCAUCCUGUGACGGUGCCAUUUCGAAAGUCACUGAGCUCUUCAGUAAGGCCAUUCUACUGCCAAUAUUUGUCUAUGGAGAUUGCAUGACUUUGUGCGCAAUUUUAUACACCUGUCAGCCACAGGUGUGGCUGAAAUAGCCGAAUCCACUAAUUUGUAUAUGCACUCACUAACUGUAAGUCGCUCUGGAUAAGAGCGUCUGCUAAAUGACUCAAAUGUAAUAUAGUGUAACAUUAGGAGCACCUGCUCUUUCCAAGACAUAGACUGACCAGGUGAAUCCAGGUGAACGCUAUGAUCCCUUAUUUAUGUCACCUGUUAAAUCCACUUCAAUCAGUGUAGAUGAAGGGGAGGAGACAGGUUAAAGAAGGAUUGUGUAUGUGUGCCAUUCAGAGGGUGAAUGGACAAGACAAAAUAUUUAAGUGCCUUUGAAUGGGGUUUGAGUGUCAAGAACUACAACACUGCUUGGUUUUUCACGCUAAACAGUUUCCUGUGUGUAUCAAGAAUUGUCCACCACCCAAAGGACAUCCAGCCAACUUCACACAACUGUGGGAAGCAUUGGAGUCAACAUGGGCCAGCAUCCCCAUGCCCCGACAAAUUGGGACUGUUCUGAGGGCACGGGGAGGGGGGAGAGGGAGGGGAGGGGAGCGGGCAGCUCAGUAUUAGGAACAUGUUCCUAAUGUUUUGUGUGUGUUAUUUAUUUAUUUAUUUAUUUAUUUAUUUAUUUAUUUAUAUAUACAGUGGGGAGAACAAGUAUUUGAUACACUGCCGAUUUUGCAGGUUUUCCUACUUACAAAGCAUGUAGAGGUCUGUAAGUUUUAUCAUAGGUACACUUCAACUGUGAGAGACGGAAUAUAAAACAAAAAUCCAGAAAAUCACAUUGUAUGAUUUUUAAGUAAUUAAUUUGCAUUUUAUUGCAUGACAUAAGUAUUUGAUCACCUACCAACCAGUAAGAAUUCCGGCUCUCACAGACCUGUUAGUUUUUCUUUAAGAAGCCCUCCUGUUCUCCACUCAUUACCUGUAUUAACUGCACCUGUUUGAACUCGUUACCUGUAUAAAAGACACCUGUCCACACACUCAAUCAAACAGACUCCAACCUCUCCACAAUGGCCAAGACCAGAGAGCUGUGUAAGGACAUCAGGGAUAAAAUUGUAGACCUGCACAAGGCUGGGAUGGGCUACAGGACAAUAGGCAAGCAGCUUGGUGAGAAGGCAACAACUGUUGGCGCAAUUAUUAGAAAAUGGAAGAAGUUCAAGAUGACGGUCAAUCACCCUUGGUCUGGGGCUCCAUGCAAGAUCUCACCUCGUGGGGCAUCAAUGAUCAUGAGGAAGGUGAGGGAUCAGCCCAGAACUACACGGCAGGACCUGGUCAAUGACCUGAAGAGAGCUGGGACCACAGUCUCAAAGAAAACCAUUAGUAACACACUACGCCGUCAUGGAUUAAAAUCAUGCAGCGCACGCAAGGUCCCCCUGCUCAAGCCAGCGCAUGUCCAGGCCCGUCUGAAGUUAGCCAAUUACCAUCUGGAUGAUCCAGAGGAGGAAUGGGAGAAGGUCAUGUGGUCUGAUGAGACAAAAAUAGAGCUUUUUGGUCUAAACUCCACUCGCCGUGUUUGGAGGAAGAAGAAGGAUGAGUACAACCCCAAGAACACCAUCCCAACCGUUAAGCAUGGAGGUGGAAAAAUCAUUCUUUGGGGAUGCUUUUCUGCAAAGGGGACAGGUCAACUGCACCGUAUUGAGGGGAGGAUGGAAGGGGCCAUGUAUCGCGAGAUCUUGGCCAACAACCUCCUUCCCUCAGUAAGAGCAUUGAAGAUGGGUCGUGGCUGGUUCUUCCAGCAUGACAACGACCCGAAACACACAGCCAGGGCAACUAAGGAGUGGCUCCGUAAGAAGCAUCAAGGUCCUGGAGUGGCCUAGCCAGUCUCCAGACCUGAACCCAAUAGAAAAACUUUGGAGGGAGCUGAAAGUCCGUAUUGCCCAGCGACAGCCCCGAAACCUGAAGGAUCUAGAGAAGGGCCAAAAUCCCUGCUGCAGUGUGUGCAAACCUGGUCAAGACCUACAGGAAACAUAUGAUCUCUGUAAUUGCAAACAAAGGUUUCUGUACCAAAUAUUAAGUUCUGCUUUUCUGAUGUAUCAAAUACUUAUGUCAUGCAAUAAAACGCAAAUGAAUUACUUAAAAAUCAUACAAUGUGAUUUUCUGGGAUUUUUGUUUUAGAUUCCGUCUCUCACAGUUGAAGUGUACCUAUGAUAAAAAUUACAGACCUCUACAUGCUUUGUAAGUAGGAAAACCUGCAAAAUCGGCAGUGUAUCAAAUACUUGUUCUCCCCACUGUAUAUAUAUAUAUAUAUCUCAGCAAAAAAGUAAACGUCCCUUUUUCAGGACUCUGUCUUUUCAAAGAUAAUUCGUAAAAAUCCAAAUAACUUCACAGAUCUUCAUUGUAAAGGGUUGAAACACUGUUACCCAUGCUUGUUUAAUGAACCAUAAACAAUUAAUGAACAUGCACCUGUGGAACGGUCGUUAAGAGACUAACAGCUUACAGACUGUAGGCAAUUAAGGUCACAGUUAUGAAAACUUAGGACACUAAAGAGGCCUUUCUACUGACAAUGAAAAACACCAAAAGAAAGAUGCGCAGGGUCCCUGCUCAUCUGCGUGAAUGUGCUUUAGGCAUUCUGCAAGGAGGCAUGAGGACUGCAGAUGUGGCCAGGGCAAUAAAUUGCAAUAUCCAUACUGUGAGACGCCUAAGACAGCGCUACAGGGAGACAGGACGGACAGCUGAUCGUCCUCGAAGUGGCAGACCACCUGUAACACCUGCACAGGAUCAGUACAUCCAAACAUCACACCUGCGGGACAGGUACAUGAUGGCAACAACAACUGCCCGAGUUAAACCAGGAACGCACAAUCCCUCCAUCAGUGCUCAGACUGUCAGCAAUAGGCUGAGAGAGGCUGGACUGAGGGCUUGUAGGCCUAUGGGCACAAACCCACCGUCGCUGGACCGGACAGCACUGGCAAAAGGUGCUCUUCACUGACGAGUCGCGGUUUUGUCUCACCAGGGGUGAUGGUCGGAUUCGCGUUUAUCGUUGAAGGAAUGAGCAUUACACCGAGGCCUGUACUCUGGAGCGGGAUCUAUUUGGAGGUGGAAGGUCCGUCAUGGUCUGGGGUGGUGUGUCACAGCAUCAUCGGACUGAGCUUGUUGUCAAUGCGGGCAAUCUCAACGCUGUGCAUUACAGGGAAGAUGUCCAUGUGGUACCCUUCCUGCAGGCUCAUCCUGACAUGACCCUCCAGCAUGACAAUGCCACCAGCCAUACUGCUCGUUCUGUGCGUGAUUUCCUGCAAGACAGGAAUGUCAGUGUUCUGCCAUGGCCAGCGAAGAGCCCGGAUCUCAAUCCCAUUGAGCACAUCUGGGACCUGUUGGAUCGGAGGGUGAGGGCUAGGGCCAUUCCCCCCAGAAAUGUCCAGGAACUUGUGCCUUGGUGGAAGAGUGGGGUAACAUCUCACAGCAAGAACGGGCAAAUCCGGUGCAGUCCAUGAGCAGGAGAUGCACUUCAGUACUUAAUGCAGAUACUGACUGUUACUGUUACUUUUGAUUUUGACCCCCCCCCCUUUGUUCAGGGACACAUUAUUCAAUUUCUGUUAGUCACAUGUCUGUGGAACUUGUUCAGUUUAUGUCUCAUUUGUUGAAUCUUGUUAUGUUCAUUCAAAUAUUUACACAUGUUAAGUUUGCUGAAAAUAAACGCAGUUGACAGUGAGAGGACGUUUCUUUUUUUGCUGAGUUAUAUAUAAUAUAAUAUAUAUAAUAUUAUAAUAAUAUGCCAUUUAGCAGACGCUUUUAUCCAAAGCGACUUAGUCAUGCAUGCAUACAUUUUUACGUAUGGGUGGUCCCGGGGAUCAAACCCACUACCCUGGCGUUACAAGCGCCAUGCUCUACCAAUUGAGCUACAGAGGACCAUAUAUAUAUAUACAGUCAUGGCCAAAAUUGUUGGCACCCCUGAAAUUUUUCCAGAAAAUGAAGUAUUUCUCACAGAAAAGUAUUGAAAUUACACAUGUUUUGCUAUGCACAUGUUUAUUUCCUUUGUGUGUAUUGGAAUAACACAAAAAAAAACAGGAAAAAAGCAAAUUUGACAUAAUUUCACACAAAACUAAAAAAAUGGGCCGGACAAAGUUAUUGGCACCCUUUCAAAAUUGUGGAUAAAUAAGUUUGUUCCAAGCAUGUGAUGCUCCUUUAAACUCACCUGGGGCAAGUAACAGGUGUGGGCAAUCUAAAAAUCACACCUGAAAGCAGAUAAAAAGGAGAGAAGUUGACUCAGUCUUUGCAUUGUGUUUCUGUGUGUGCCACACUAAGCAUGGAGAACAGAAAGAGGAAAAGAGAACUGUCUGAGGACUUGAGAACCAAAAUUGUGGAAAAAUAUCAACAAUCUCAAGGUUACAAGUCCAUCUCCAGAGAUCUAGAUGUUCCUUUGUCCACAGUGCGCAACAUGAUCAAGAAGUUUGCAACCCAUGGCACUGUAGCUAAUCUCCCUGGACGUGGACGGAAGAGAAACAUUGAUGAAAGGUUGCAACGCAGGAUAGUCCGGAUGGUGGAUAAGCAGCCCCAAACAAGUUCCAAAGAAAUUCAAGCUGUCCUGCAGGCUCAGGGUGCAUCAGUGUCAGCGCGAACUAUACGUCGAAAUUUGAAUGAAAUGAAACGCUAUGGCAGGAGACCCAGGAGGACCCCACUGCUGACACAGAGACAUAAAAAAGCAAGACUACAGUUUGCCAAAAUGUACAUGAGUAAGCCAAAUUCCUUCUGGGAGAACGUCUUAUGGACAGAUGAGACCAAGAUAGAGCUUUUUGGUAAAGCACAUCGUUCUACUGUUUACCGAAAAUGUAAUGAAGCCUUCAAAGAAAAGAACACAGUACCUACAGUCAAAUAUGGUGGAGGUUCAAAGAUGUUUUGGGGUUGUUUUGCUGCCUCUGGCACUGGGUGCCUUGACUGUGUGCAAGGCAUCAUGAAAUCUGAGGAUUACCAAAGGAUUUUGGGUCGCAAUGUAGGGCCCAGUGUCAGAAAGCUGGGUUUGCGUCCGAGAUCAUGGGUCUUCCAGCAGGACAAUGACCCCAAACAUACUUCAAAAAGCACCCAGAAAUGGAUGGCAACAAAGCGCUGGAGAGUUCUGAAGUGGCCAGCAAUGAGUCCAGAUCUUAAUCCCAUUGAACACCUGUGGAGAGAUCUUAAAAUUGCUGUUGGGAAAAGGCACCCAUCCAAUAUGAGAGACCUGGAGCAGUUUGCAAAAGAAGAGUGGUCCAAAAUUCCGGGUGAGAGGUGUAAGAAGCUUAUUGAUGGUUAUAGGAAGCGACUGAUUUCAGUUAUUUUUUCCAAAGGGUGUGCAACUAAAUAUUAAGUUAAGGGUGCCAAUCAUUUUGUCCGGCCCAUUUUUUGAGUUUUGUGUGAAAUUAUGUCAAAUUUGCUUUUUUCCUGUUUUUUUUGUGUUAUUCCAAUACACACAAAGGAAAUAAACAUGUGCAUAGCAAAACAUGUGUAAUUUCAAUACUUUUCUGUGAGAAAUACUUCAUUUUCUGGAAAAAUUUCAGGGGUGCCAACAAUUUUGGCCAUGACUGUGUAUAUAUAUAUAUAUAUAUAUACAUACACAUACAUACACACACACACACUGCUCAAAAAAAUAAAGGGAACACUUAAACAACACAAUGUAACUCCAAGUCAAUCACACUUCUGUGAAAUCAAACAUUCCACUUAGGAAGCAACACUGAUUGACAAUACAUUUCACAUGCUGUUGUGCAAAUGGAAUAGACAACAGGUGGAAAUUAUAGGCAAUUAGCAAGACACCCCCAAUAAAGGAGUGGUUCUGCAGGUGGUGACCACAGACCACUUCUCAGUUCCUAUGCUUCCUGGCUGAUGUUUUGGUCACAUUUGAAUGUUGGCGGUGCUUUCACUCUAGUGGUAGCAUGAGACGGAGUCUACAACCCACACAAGUGGCUCAGGUAGUGCAGCUCAUCCAGGAUGGUACAUCAAUGCGAGCUGUGGCAAGAAGGUUUGCAGUGUCUGUCAGCGUAGUGUCCAGAGCAUGGAGGCGCUACCAGGAGACAGGGCAGUACAUCAGGAGACGUGGAGGAGGCCGUAGGAGGGCAACAACCCAGCAGCAGGACCGCUACCUCCGCCUUUGUGCAAGGAGGAACAGGAGGAGCACUGCCAGAGCCCUGCUAAAUGACCUCCAGCAGGCCACAAAUGUGCAUAUGUCUGCUCAAUCGGUCAGAAACAGACUCCAUGAGGGUGGUAUGAGGGCCUGACGUCCACAGGUGGGGGUUGUGCUUACAGCCCAACACCGUGCAGGACGUUUGGCAUUUGCCAGAGAACACCAAGAUUGGCAAAUUCGCCACUGGCGCCCUGUGCUCUUCACAGAUGAAAGCAGGUUCACACUGAGCACAUGUGACAGACGUGACAGAGUCUGGAGACGCUGUGGAGAACGUUCUGCUGCCUGCAACAUCCUCCAGCAUGACCGGUUUGGCGGUGGGUCAGUCAUGGUGUGGGGUGGCAUUUCUUUGGGGGGCCGCACAGCCCUCCAUGUGCUCGCCAGAGGUAGCCUGACUGCCAUUAGGUACCGAGAUGAGAUCCUCAGACCCCUUGUGAGACCAUAUGCUGGUGCGGUUGGCCCUGGGUUCCUCCUAAUGCAAGACAAUGCUAGACCUCAUGUGGCUGGAGUGUGUCAGCAGUUCCUGCAAGAGGAAGGCAUUGAUGCUAUGGACUGGCCCGCCCGUUCCCCAGACCUGAAUCCAAUUGAGCACAUCUGGGACAUAAUGUCUCGCUCCAUCCACCAACGCCACGUUGCACCACAGACUGUCCAGGAGUUGGCGGAUGCUUUAGUCCAGGUCUGGGAGGAGAUCCCUCAGGAGACCAUCCGCCACCUCAUCAGGAGCAUGCCCAGGCAUUGUAGGGAGGUCAUACAGGCACGUGGAGGCCACACACACUACUGAGCCUCAUUUUGACUUGUUUUAAGGACAUUACAUCAAAGUUGGAUCAGCCUGUAUUGUGGUUUUCCACUUUAAUUUUGAGUGUGACUCCAAAUCCAAACCUCCAUGGGUUGAUAAAAUUUGAUUUCCAUUGAUAAUUUUUGUGUGAUUUUGUUGUCAGCACAUUCAACUAUGUAAAGAAAAAAGUAUUUAAUAAGAUUAUUUCAUUCAUUCAGAUCUAGGAUGUGUUAUUUUAGUGUUCCCUUAAUUUUUUUGAGCAGUGUAUAUAUAUAUAUAUACUACCGUUCAAAAGUUUGGGGUCACUUAGAAAUGUCCUUGUUUUCGAAAGAAAAUCAUUUUUUUGUCCAUUAGAAUAACAUCAAAUUGAUCAGAAAUACAGUUUAGACACUGUUAAUGUUGUAAAUGGCUAUUGUAGCUUGAAACGGCUGAUUUUUUAAAUGGAAUAUCUACAUAGGCGUACAGAGGCCCAUUAUCAGCAACCAUCAGUCCUGUGUUCCAAUGGCACGUUGUGUUUGCUAAUCCAAGUUUAUCAUUUUAAAAGGCCAAUUGAUCAUUAGAAAACCCUUUUGCAAUUAUUUUAGCACAGCUGAAAACUGUUGUGCUGAUUUAAAGAAGCAAUACAACUGGCCUUCUUGAGACUAGUUGAGUAUCUGGAGCAUCGGCAAAUGUGGGUCCAAUUACAGGCUCAAAAUGGCCAGAAACAAAUACAUUUCUUCUGAAACUCGUCAGUCUAUUCUUGUUCUGAGAAAUUAAGGCUAUUCCAUGCGAGAAAUUGCCAAGAAACUGAAGAUCUCGUACAACGCUGUGUAAUACUCUUUUCACAGAACAGGGCAAACUGGCUCUAACCAGAAUAGAAAGAGGAGUGGGAGGCCCCGGUGUUCAACUGAGCAAGAGGACAAAUACAUUAGUGUCUAGUUUGAGUAACAGGCGCCUCACAGGUCCUCAACUGGCGGCUUCAUUAAAUAGUACCCGCAAAACACCAGUCUCAACGUCAACAGUGAAGAGGCGACUCCGGGAUGCUGACCUUCUAGGCAGAGUUGCAAAGAAAAAGCCAUAUCUCAGACUGCCCAUCCUAAUCUUUUCUUUUUAUUGGCCAGUCUGAGAUAUGGCUUUUUCUUUGCAACUUUCUUGCUCAGUGACCUGUACAUGUUUUGGUUGAACGAUAACCGUCAUCCAAAAUGUAAUGACCGUCACAGCACUAAGUGACAUAGACCUACCUGUAGUCUGGAUGAGACAUUAGUCUGCAAUGGCAGUUCCCAUGUGCCUCCAUCAUACCUCUUUUUGGUCUCUCCAUUCGUCUUCCAGUGGCUCGGCCCUGACAUGUUUAACAUGCUGAGUGCUGCCGUGUGUGUUUCUGAUGGUUUUCUAGCCUUAACACGAUGGCAGUAGUGUGUAAAUGGCACACAAGGCCAAUCAGCCAACAUGAUGGCUCCACUGUACUGGACUAACUGCUGCCAUUGAGUAAAUACGUGCUGACAAACCCAGUUAACCACCUCCGGUCACUCACUCCCGUCCCCUCUACCCCCUCUCUCUCCUCUCUUCCUCUCUUCUCUUUUUUUUUCUUGAAGCUGCAGAGAUGAUUUUAAUCUACCAUUUAUAAUGUCACUAUUUUCUUUGCCUGCUGAAUAAAGCAGGAAGUAUAUAGCCUCUGUUCCCUGGCACCUGGUUCAACUGUAUGUAAUGAAAACACUUGCUUCUCACUACCAUUAUCUUGCACUCUCAUCACAAGCCUUUUUUAUACGCUAAGGAGGAGAAGCUGUUUGUGUGUCAUUGUCCCCUCUGGGUGUGUUCUGCUCUCAGUCCCUGACGGUGCCUGUGGGGCUACAGCUUCACACCCUCACACCAGGGGUAGCAGCCAUUGUGUGUGUGUGUGCUUGUGCAUGCGCUCUACCCUGUGGUCCCAGGGCCCGUUAGUGAGUUUCUGGGCAGAGGGGGUCAGGGAUGGAGGGGCUGUUUGCACUGCGGCUGGCUGGGGGGAGGAUCUGGUUACAGUAGGGGAGGGGGGAGGAGAGAAGGUGGGCGCUGGGCAGCUGUGUAAUCCCCUUCACUGGGUGCUGCCUGGUGAAUAGACAGCCUGGGAAACGCACAACAGACCCAGCCACUGCCUUACAUACAGUACAUACAUUGGGGGAGGGGGCUCCAAACCCAAACCCCAUUUAACUGCUUAGGAGAGAUUUCACCAGAGCUAGCCAGACACACACACACUCCAUCCAUGCCCUGUAUUUUAAUUUCUACUAAGCAUAAAUGUUUACAGAUUCAUAGACGGACAGCUGCUUGUCUUUUUUAAUAUCGUCUUAAUGCGGUGACGGAGAAGCAAUCUGAGCCAGACAUUCAUGUUCCAGAUAAACGUUACGCUGUAACUGCGUCGUUAUUCUCCGCCGAUUCCUCCCACUGUCUGAAAACGUCAAAACCACCCAAAACAAUCAAUGGCUUGCUAAUGUCUUUCCUCAUUUUGAAAGAAAAUCCAGGCAGUGGAGACUAGGCCACAUCAGACUCUUGAGGUGAAAGCCUAGACUUCUAUAAAUGCCUUUGUGUAGUAUGACGUAUGUGUUGUUCGGAGUAGUGAGUGGGUAUGACUUGUGUGAAUACAGAGUUUGUAUCUGUGUUUCUGAGUAGAGUGUGUGUGUUUGUGUUUCAGAGUACUAAGUGUGUUUGUUUCCUUUGUGUUUUACAGAGUGCAGCCGCUGCCCCCAGUCCGGUGAUGGGCAACAUGCCCCCCAACGAUGGCAUGCCUGGCGGACCCAUGCCCCCGGGCUUCUUUCAAGUAAGACCUCUAUUUCUCUCUCUUUGUCCUUCCCCUCAAACCCACAACAUGCUAAGCCUAUCCCUCGCUCCGCCUCCUUUUUUUUGUCUCUUUAGCUGACCUAAUCCCUGUCCAGAUGUCUCUCUGUCUCGCUCUCUCUCUGUCUCUGUCUCUGUCUCUCUCUCUCUGUCUCUGUCUCUCUCUCUGUCUCGCUCUCUGUUUCUCUGUUUUUCUGUCUCGCUGUCUCGAUCUCGCUCUCGCUGUCUCUCUAUCUCGCUCUCGCUGUCUCUCUCUCGCUGUCUCGCUCUCUCUGCCUCGCCUCUCUGUCUCGCUCUCUCUUUCUCGCUGUCUCUCUCUCUCUCUGUCUCUCUCUCUAUCUCGCUCUCGCUGUCUCUCUCUCUCUCGCUGUCUCGCUCUCUCUGCCUCGCCUCUGUUUCGCUCUCUCUUUCUCGCUGUCUCUCUAUCUCGCUCUCGCUGUCUCUGUCUCUCUGUCUCUGUCUUGCUUUCUUUCCCAUACUCCCUCCAUCAGUAGGUCUGUCUGUCUGUCUGGCCAGGGACAGGGAGGUUGGGAUGGGAGGGAGAUUUUUCUCUGGGUUGUGUUGCUCUGCUAAUUCCUCCUGUCAUCACUGCUCUCUGAUGACUGUCUGGGAGGCUAGGGAGAUCACCUGAUGAUGGGUCCACACACCCUAUCUGACUGCGCAUACACACACGAACACACACACACACACACACACACCAUAGCAAAAAAUAUCCUGAAAAUAUACUCUUGUAAAUGUCAUGAAGCAAAUAUGGUUUCCAGGUUGUCUCGGUGUGUGGGUUUUUGCAGAGCUGACUGUUGUACUGUCAUGUGUUGGUCCUGUUAGCCAUGAGAGAGAGUGUGUGUGUGUGUGUGUGUGCUAACAGGACCAACACAGGACAGGACAGUGUGUGUGCGUGCUGGGGUCGUAGGCAAUGUUAAUGAUGUAUGUGGAGUGAUCAGAGCAGGGAGCUGCUAUCUGAUGGUGUUGCGUGAGUGACAUUGCUUGCCAUAAAUAGUCUGCUGCGUGCAUUGGAGGGAGAGCGAAGGAGAGAGGGACAGAGAGAGAGAGAGGGGGGGGGGGGGGUGGAGAGAGGAGGCAGAGAGGGACAGAGAGAGAGGGACUGAAAGAGAGAGAGGAACAGACAGAGAGAGAAGAGGUAGAGGGACAGAGAGGAGAGAGAAGAGAGAGGAGGCUGGGAGGGAGGCUGGGAGGGAGGGAGGGAGAGGAAGUCUUGCUCCAGUGUUCUCCACUGCAGCAAUUCCCUCCCUGCUCAGCGGCCAGUCAGGCAAAAGAGAGAGGAGGGAAGGCGUGUGAAACGAGAGCCUGCAGAACACACACACACACUGCUCCCUCCAGAGCUUCAUAUGUGUGCUAUCAAAUUCCCCCAGCAAGUGGACACUGAGGCCGGAACAAAGCUGUGGAUAAGUGUGUAGUAGUAUAGUAUGGAGCAAAGAUGACACCAGUUAUUCCCUUGGCAUUGUUUUACACUGGUGUACUGUGUACACACACACACACACACACACACACACACACACACACACACACACACACACACACACACACACACACACACAGAGCUCUCUGACAGACUGCCCCUCCCAGUCAUGUAGUCUAAUGUUGUUGUUGUCUAUGCACAGUAAGAUCUUGCUAAUCAUGUGCCUCUUCUGUUUGUACUACUGUAUUUAUUAUCCAAGCUUAGACAUCUGUAGAGGAGUCGUGUGUUCUGAAAGCUCUCUGUGAAAAAUGAUAAACAUUUCACUGUUAUGGACAAGCUCUGUCUUCUCUCUACUAAUGACCUUCCUCCUCUCCCCCCUCCUUCAUGUGCCUGCUAUCUCUCUCUUUUGCUCUCUCUCUUUUGCUCUCUCUCUUUUGCUCUCUCUCUCUCUCUCUCUCUCUCUCUCUCUCUCUCUCUCUUUCUCAAGCGCACACACACACAAACUCAGUGACUCCUGUCUCUGCCCCCUCUUUCUUCUGCUAAUCUCUCCUUUUUGCAGGAUUCAGCUACCUUCCUCUCUUUUUUCACCAUUACCCAUCAUUCAUCAAUCUUCCACAUCCUGCUUCUCUCUCUCUCUCCUCUCUCCUCAUGUCUCCUGACCUGUCUGACUGUCUCUUUCUGUUAGGGAAGAAAGUACAUGAAAAGUAUUCAAAAGUAGUGCAUAAAUCAGAGCAUUUCUGUAUGUGCUUGCUAGGGUGUACAGUACUUCAAACAGUAUGCUUGUGCAUGGCUGUGUGUGUGUGUGUGUGUGUACAGUAGUAGCAGGCAGUGUGUUUUCUAGCAUCCCUCCCAGAUACAGAGGAGAGGGGUAAUUAACAUAGGUGACCCCAGCACUGCCGUGGUAGCAGAGCAGCAGCCCAGAGAGCGAGGACUGGGCUGGGGGUAGAGGGAGCCCCCCGCAGCCUCAAGACUCCCCUAAUCUGUACCUUGCAGGCCAGGACUCAGAUCAGGCUCCUGCAGCAAAGGAGAGGGGAGGGAGGAGAGAGAGGAGUGUGGAGGGAGGGAGGGAGGGUUUGUGGAAGGAGGACCACAAAGCCUGCGUGUUGGCGUCUGGCCCGGAUCUGCGAUUCUCCCUGGUAUAGCAGGGGUCAGCCCGCUUAAUAAUCCUCACGCCAAAACUCCACUGCAGCAGCCCCUCUGGGGAGGGCAGGCCCAACUCACACUAGGAGAGGAGAGGGGAGGACAAGGAGAAACUGCCGGCACACACUAACAGCAUGUUGGCCCAGUGGGGAUAGAAGAAAACAAUGUCAAUCCAUUGUUUUUACAAAUCCUGAAAGAGUAAACAGUGGUCAUAAAUGGAACCGAGCUGGUUUCUAAUCUAUUUGUACUGUUACAGGAAUGUCUCUCCAUAGUCAACAAGAUGGCCAGGUAACUGUCAUUGAAAUUGGAUCACAGUUGGAACGUAUCGUAGUUCUGUAGCCCGGGUGUAAACUCUAAAUCAAGACUAACUGAGUUUGGGGUCAGUUAAAAGUGUCUGAGUCGAGGUACCGAUAGGUAGACUUGUCUAGUUUAGGUAUAGUAGCUACUCUCUUGUUGAGAAUCAGUUGCUGAACUCUGUUGAGUUGAUGGACUACCCAUUGUGUUUGGAGAUGGCUUGGUCUCUAUGGUAGAAGGUUAGACUGGAUCCUAGAGGUCAAAGUUUGAAAAUGCCUUGUAGAAGAAGAAGUGAUGAUUGAAUGGGACCAAUGGAGAAGGAAUGUUGGCAUUCCUGGGCCAACCCUUUCUCUCUGUCUCUCCACUACCAACCACUCUGUUGUUCACUCUGUCAACUGUCUGUCUGUAGCCUAGUCUGGAAGUAGAAUAUCGACUGACAUUCCUGACCGCUGAGGUAGGAAUUAUAUAUACAGGGCAGCGACUCACAGUAACAUGCUAAACGACUAUCAGCGCACUGUUCUCCAGUCUCCUCGGGGAGAAAACACUUGUGGCAGGCUCUCCCCACCGAGCUGACAUGUUGCCAUGCCAUACCAUGAGCCUGUAGAGCUGCUGCCGCUGGAAUGGAAGAAAGGAAUGACAAUGAGUGUGCAUUGUGCUGUUGUUGUCCAGGCUUUGUUUGUUGUGUUUCAGUUUGGCUUUGUGCUCUGCCUGCUUCUAUUGGUAGUUCCACACUGCCCUCUUGUGGUGUUGGACGGUACUGUAUAUACGGUACAUACACACGUCACUGGCUCAGUAUAGCCAUCCGUUCUGUUCUGUGUUCAGUGUUACUACCCCUUCAGGGAUAGCAGCAGAGCUGUUGUGUUGUGUUCUUCCUAAUGCAGAUCUGGGGAGGGGGAGUCUGAGAGUACGUCGGAGGGGUUUGUGUUGAUGGGUUUGUGGUACGCUGCCAAGCUGUUAUCUCCUUAGCUGGGUAGAAAAUGAUUUUAUUAAUUGCUUCAUUUAACCCCCCCCUCCCAUUCCCUCGCUCCCCCUCUCCCUCUCUCUCACACACACACACACUCUUACAAGCACUCGCACAGACACCCACACGCAGUCCUGCCGUGUUGUUUUUCAUACACGAAUUGGCCUAGUCCCUUUCUCUCUCUGCAGGCAUACAUCGAAGGGACCGCAAACCUCAUAAAUGCCAUAUGCUUCCCCAUUCAGUCCUAAUAGCAUGGAGACAGAGGAAGGCCAGAGUAGCGAGUGGAGCUCCUUUAUAAGGUAUUAUAGAGGGGCAGGUAGAGAGAGGAGGAGCAGGGGUGGCUUGUUAGACACACUGCUACGACAGACUCCCCAACAAUAAUAACUCUGGGGUCUGACGGAAGGAUGGCACAACCACUCCACGCUAACCUGCUGAGGCCAGCUAGCGCAGCUGGUGUUAACCACCACCCAAAACGCUGCUCAGGACCAUGCGCAGUCAUAGUCGUAACGCUACUGUCAUGUCCGUAACACAGCACUGUCACGACUGUGACACCUCAGUCAUUUCUAUAACACUUAUGUCAGAUCUACCACUCUAUAGCUGCAGUCACAUUUGUUACAGUUUAAACAGAAAUUAUUUGUCUCUACUCAAUAUUGGUAAGAAUUGUGAAUCAAAGCACAAGGCCACUAUAGUAAGUGGGUUUUAUAUACAAAACACACAUGUGAAGACUAUUGGGCAACAAUUUAUGUGGAUUCAAUACACCACGCUGCAAACACUUCAUCUCAAGAGCUCCUCAUAGAUCCACAGCUAGGUGCCUUUAUCAACACGGCUCUCACAUGGAGAAGGCUAUAUACAUGAGGGGGCUAAGGAGGACAAUGGCUGACUGCAUACCCCACUUACGCUGUACACCUCUCAACACCCAGGUUUGACUUGCUGCUUGACUUCUCAGGCUGAAGCGUUUCUGUACUGCAUCUGUAAUGAAUCUUCAUAAAAUAACAUUUGAAUGCAUUAGACUUUUAUUCCUUUGUUUAUUCUGUUCAAGCAGUGCCCACAGGUUUUCAUUGCUCUCCUCUCUGUCAGCGCACCACCAUCUCCCCUGUGCCAGAGAUUCUCAUGGUGGGUGAGGAUGAGAAGAGAAGAUGCUGCUGGUAUCUGUGCAGCUGCUGCUGCUUGGUCUGUUGGAACUGAAGAGAGCUUGUUUGAUUUAAUGGGAAUUAGGUUUCAUCAGACAGGUCGGAUCUUCCUAGUGAGAUGACGUUAAAUAGUGGAAUUGUCUCCUGGCCAGGUGCAGAGAACUGCAAAAGAUCAGUGUCUCCCUGCUCCCGUGGAAAGACAUUCAGGUGAAAUGGGGACGUGUGUGUGUGUGUGGAAGGGCUUGGUACUCAUACAGGUGUGUGUCUGGUAUUGCUGAUUUGAAAGGGCAGGAUUACCAGUCUGCAACAUUACCUGAAGGCUUCAAGGGUUGUGUGCGUGCGUUGCUGCGGCCGCAUGGUUACCUGAGCGCUUCAGGUCUCAUGGAGGCUCUGACAGACUGGCUGAUAACACGUGGCUGUGAACGUGUGUGGUCCCGUCUCUGUACACUGUAUGACUCUGGGUUUACAUACGGCUUGUUCAAGUUUGAACAGGUCCUGGUUUGAAGGUGGUUGCUUAAUGGGUUAUCGGAGGUUAGGUAUCAGUUGUUCCAUAUGUAAUAUAUUUACAAAGUUCCUGUAUAUGAUCAGCUCUUUUGGCAUCCCUCAUCCAUCUAUGUUUAAGAGAUUCAUUGUGUGAAUUAUAUUUCAUCUGACAUAUUAUUCAACACAAAGAUGUAUGAUGCAUUUAAAUAACUGUAUUGGCCAUCCAUACAUGCAUAUGUGUUGUGAUGGUGAUCUAUGGGCACAGCACAGUGAAAUGGUACAGACAUUAUGAACAGUUAGCCAUAGUGGUGUAGUGUGGUGUAUUGUACUGCUGCUGUUAUUGUGUGUGUUAGAGGGAGCAGCUACAGCUAGGUCACCUCCAGUCCAUGGUCCUCCGAGCCUCACUGUAUCACUCAUCUCCCUCCCUCUUCUCUCUUAAAGGGACCUCCCGGCUCCCAGCCGUCACCCCACGCACAGCCACCCCCACACAACCCCAACAACCCCAUGAUGGGACCUCACGGCCAGGUAAGAGACACUCACACACUCUGCUCUGCCCCCUCUCCCUCGCCUCUUGCUGCACAGGCAGGGAUAAACUCUUUUCACGCCACAUCGAUACAGCUAUGCCGGGAAGUGAUUUUCUUAGCAGGUUAGGAGAGCAUUUUCGCUAACCCUAAACCCUUUCCUAACCCUAAUCUAAUUAUCCCAACCUGCUACAUUAAUUUUCCCUAUCUGCUGCGUAAAUUCUCCUAACCUGCUACAAAAAAGUAACUUCCGGUCGUAGCUGUAUUUAAGUGGUGUGAGAAGAGUGUUUCUCACACAGGCAGGCAGUCCCUCUUCCACUUUCUCACUCAUUCACUAUCUCUCUCUGCCUAUCCACUCACACUGAGAGGCCUCUGUCUCUCUUCCUCCCUCUGUCUCUCUUCCUCCCUCUGUCUCGCUUCCUCCCCCUGUCACUUCCUCUUCUACACCCACUCACUCCUUAUCUGUCUCUGUCUCUCUCUCUUUGUCUCACUCACUCAAUCACUCACUCACUCAUUCACUCACUUACCCACACCACCUGGCUCCCACCCCCCACAACAUAUGUCUAUACAAACUGCCCUGCUCCCUAGUUGUGGACAGACAGACAGACAGACAGACAGUGGCCAUGAUGCUGUAGAUGGGAUAAAUAAUUCAGCUGUGUUGGCCCAGCUGUAGGGAUGAGAGGAGGAGGAGAGGAGGGGAGGAGCAGGCCGGCUCUCUCCUCUUCCUAAGCCCAGCACUCACUAUCCCAUCUCCCAUCAAUAUCCCAUUAAUAUUGCAGCAGUGCCUGGGACUGUGGAGCGCUCGCACACAAACUCGCCACAACUUGGCUAAUACAAAGGCUGAGGGAGAGGAGAUGGGGAUUGGGGGAGAGAGACAGGGAGGGACAUAGGGGGAGAGAGACAGGGAGGGACAUAGGGGGAGAGAGACAGGGAGGGACAUAGGGGGAGAGAGACAGGGAGGGACAUAGGGGGAGAGAGACAGGGAGGGACAUAGAGGGAGAGAGACAGGGAGGGACAUAGAGGGAGAGAGACACGAGGGGACAUAGGGGGAGAGAGACAGGGAGGGACAUAGAGGGAGAGAGACAGGGAGGGACAUAGAGGGAGAGAGACAGGAGGGACUUAGGGGGAGAGAGACAGGAGGGACAUAGAGGGAGAGAGACAGGGAGGGACAUAGGGGGAGAGAGACAGGGAGGGACAUAGGGGGAGAGAGACAGGGAGGGACAUAGGGGGAGAGAGACAGGGAGGGACAUAGGGGGAGAGAGACAGGGAGGGACAUAGAGGGAGAGAGACAGGGAGGGACUUAGGGGGAGAGAGACAGGGAGGGACAUAGAGGAGAGAGACAGGGAGGGACAUAGGGUGGAGAGAGACAGGGAGGGACUUAGGGGGAGAGAGACAGGGAGGGACAAUAGAGGGAGAGAGACAGGGAGGGACAUAGGGGGAGAGAGACAGGGAGGGACAUAGGGGGAGAGAGACAUGGAGGGACUAGAGGGAGAAAGAACAGGAGGGACAUAGGGGGAGAGAGACAGGGAGGUGACAUAUGGGGAGAGAGACAGGGAGGGACCAUGGGGAGAAGACAGUGAGGGACAUAGAGAUGGAGGGACAUAGGGGGAGAGAGACAGGGAGGGACAUAAGGGAGAGAGACACAGGGGACAUAGGGGAGAGAGACAGUGAGGGACAUGAGGGAGAGAGACAGGAGGGACAUAGGGGAAGAGACAGGGAGGGACAUAGAGGUAGAGAGACAGGAGGGACAUAGGGAGAGAGACAGGGAGGUGACAUAUGGGGAGAGAGACAGGGAGGGACAUAGGGGAGAGAGACACGAGGGGACAUAGGGGGAGAGAGACAGGGAGGGACUUAGGGGGAGAGAGAGCGAGGGGAAGAGAGGGUGGAGGGGAAACAGCAGUCUUUCCCUCCAGGGCCUGGUCAUUAUAUAAGCUGUCCUCCAGCUGGCCUCGUUUCCCCUCGCCCAACUAGUAGCUUGUGUUUAAUUGUCUCUGAAAGCCUGUUUCAUUGUAGUCAUGGCGUCAUGUUUCGCCUGCCUGUAAGCGUGAUAAUGUGUGUGUAAUGCACUCUUGAUGAUUAGAUAUAUUUAAGUUUGUUGUCCCUUGAUGGAUUAAAGUAUUUUGAGAGUAAUUUUUUUUGUUUCGUUAGAUACGUUGAGCUAUUUUCUGUGGUUGCAUCACACUGUAGAAAUGUUGUAGAAAUGUUAUUGUAGCUCUCUGUGGUACGUUGGUCAGUACAGUGUGUGUGUGUGUGUGUGUGUGUGUGUGUGUGUGUGUGUGUGUGUGUGUGUGUGUGUGUGUGGAUGCAUAUGGAAAAACAGAUGUAGGUGUGUGUAUUCUUCAACUACCCUCCCAGCCACAUCCACCACCCAUCUGUACCCUCAUCCGUAACUGUUCCCUCAUUCAACAUGCUGCGUCACCCACAACCAUGUUCACCCGCAGCUAUACCUUUCGCUCUCGCACUCUCUCUCUCUCUCUCUCUCUCUCUCUCUCUCUCUCUCUCUCUCUCUCUCUCUCUCUCUCUCUCUCUCUCUCUCUCUCUCUCUCUCUCUCUCUCUCUCUCUCUCUCUCUCUCUCUCUCUCUCUCUCUCUCUCUGUUCUGUUUGUCUUCAGCAUCUGAGGACUGGUCUUCAGAACUCUGACACAACCUUUGCCUUGUGUAGAAUGGCAACAAAGCUCCUUCAAACGCUGAGCAUUUUCUCCAGCACAAUAGCUCCCCCUGCUGACAGCUGCAGGUAACACAGUAGCAUGAUGGAUAGGACUAACGUUAAUAUCUGUCCUCCUCCCCACAGCCUUUCAUGUCCCCACGGUACCCAGGUGGACCUCGCCCCUCACUUCGCAUGCCAAAUCAGGUAAGGUAUCUCUCCCCUCACCCCACACACAAAUAAAAGGUGACCUCUAAUAUAAGUCUGUGUCUUACAUGUGAGGCAUACAUUUUCAGGGAGUUGAAUGCUCUGUGCUAAUGUUUCUCUCUCUCUCUCUCUCUCUUCCUCCUUCAGCCACCUGUGGGAGUCCCAGGGUCACAGCCACUCCUGCCAAACAGCCUGGACCCCACCAGACCACAGGGUAUGCACCUCACAUUUCUAUUCAUUUUGUAACAUGCAACAUCCUAAUAACUUAAGGAUAUGUAUUUGGUCUGAAAUUGUCCCAUGCUGACAACUUCCUCUCAAUCAUCCCUCCUCCAGGACAUCCAAACAUGGGUGGCCCAAUGCGGAUGAACCCCCCCAGAGGGAUGGGCGGCAUGGGCCCACAGGUACAGACGGACACCAUCACUCUCCCCUAAACUCUGCUGCUCCACCCCUCUAUCCAUGAACCCCAUGUCCCUUUACAGCACAACACACUGAACAAGGUUUUAUACAUCACUACUUUAUUCCUUCAAUUCAGUCUCAACCUACAGUGAGGGGGAAAAAGUAUUUGAUCCCCUGCUGAUUUUAUACGUUUGCCCACUGACAAAGACAUGGUAGGUUUAUUUGAACAGUGAGAGACAGAAUAACAACAAAAAAAUCCAGAAAAACGCAUGUCAAAAAUGUUUAUAAAUUGAUUUGCAUUUUAAUGAGGGAAAUAAGUAUUUGACCCCUCUGCAAAACAUGACUUAGUACUUGGUGGCAAAACCCUUCUUGGCAAUCACAGAGGUCAGACGUUUCUUGUAGUUGGCCACCAGGUUUGCACACAUCUCAGGAGGGAUUUUGGCCCACUCCUCUUUGCAGAUAUUCUCCAAGUCAUUAAGGUUUCGAGGCUGACGUUUGGCAACUCGAACCUUCAGCUCCCUCCACAGAUUUUCUAUGGGAUUAAGGUCUGGAGACUGGCUAGGCCACUCCAGGACCUUAAUGUGCUUCUUCUUGAGCCACUCCUUUGUUGCCUUGGCCGUGUGUUUUGGGUCAUUGUCAUGCUGGAAUACCCAUCCACAAUCCAUUUUCAAUGCCCUGGCUGAGGGAAGGAGGUUCUCUUCCAAGAUUUGACGGUACAUGGCCCCAUCCAUCGUCCCUUUAAUGCGGUGAAGUUGUCAUGUCCCCUUAGCAGAAAAACACCCCCAAAGCAUAAUGUUUCCACCUCCAUGUUUGACGGUGGGGAUGGUGUUCUUGGGGUCAUAGGCAGCAUUCCUCCUCCUCCAAACACGGCGAGUUGAGUUGAUGCCAAAGAGCUCGAUUUUGGUCUCAUCUGACCACAACACCUUCACCCAGUUCUCCUCUGAAUCAUUCAGAUGUUCAUUGGCAAACUUCAGACGGGCCUGUAUAUGUGCUUUCUUGAGCGGGCGCUGCAGGAUUUCAGUCCUUCACGGCGUAGUGUGUUACCAAUUGUUUUCUUGGUGACUAUGGUCCCAGCUGCCUUGAGAUCAUUGACAAGAUCCUCCCGUGUAGUUCUGGGCUGAUUCCUCACCGUUCUCAUGAUCAUUGCAACUCCACGAGGUGAGAACUUGCAUGGAGCCCCAGGCCGAGGGAGAUUGACAGUUAUUUUGUGUUUCUUCCAUUUGCGAAUAAUCGCACCAACUGUUGUCACCUUCUCACCAAGCUGCUUGGCGAUGGUCUUGUAGCCCAUUCCAGCCUUGUGUAGGUCUACAAUCUUGUCCCUGACAUCCUUGGAGAGCUCUUUGGUCUUGGCCAUGGUGGAGAGUUUGGAAUCUGAUUGAUUGAUUGCUUCUGUGGACAGGUGUCUUUUAUACAGGUAACAAGCUGAGAUUAGGAGCACUCCCUUUAAGAGUGUGCUCCUAAUCUCAGCUCGUUACCUGUAUAAAAGACACCUGGGAGCCAGAAAUCUUUCUGAUUUGAGAGGGGGUCAAAUAAUUAUUUCCCUCAUUAAAAUGCAAAUCAAUUUAUAACAUUUUUGACAUGCGUUUUUCUGGAUUUUUUUGUUGUUAUUCUGUCUCUCACUGUUCAAAUAAACCUACCAUUAAAAUGAUAGACUGAUCAUUUCUUUGUCAGUGGGCAAACGUACAAAAUCAGCAGGGGAUCAAAUACUUUUUUCCCUCACUGUACUUCUAUCAUUCUCAAAGCAAGCCUGACAUAAUACCUCUCAAGUAGCACUCUCUCCUCGUUGAGUAUAAUUCCACAGUCUAGUUUCCAAUCACCAAGUCAGUCAGUUUGAGCAUCAUGGCCCCCUGUGCUUCCCUGCCCUUCUCCCUGCCUCCCUUACUGUGUGACUUUGGCAGUCAACAAUUCAGCAGCUGGUACGGCAUCUGCUCGACAAGUGUAAUCGUCUGCUGAACAAAACUCUACCUCUGAGUGGAGCUGCUCUGUGUCCUGCCCCACGCUGCCGUCCUGCCAAGCCCCCACUGUGCAGUCAUCACAUCACAAUGCCGACACACACACGUCCGCCCCUGUUAUCAUUAUACACCUACAUUACUAAUCAGGAUCCAGUCAUUAAAAUCUCAGCACCUGGCUUAAACAGAACAAAUGAGAGUGUGAUCCCUGGCAUGUAUUCUCCUCGGUAGUACGAAAGGUUGACGCUGUGUGUUCCUCUCUCUGUGUAGAACUAUGGCGGUGGAAUGAGGCCUCCUCCCAACUCGAUGGGGCCAGGAAUGCCAGGAAUGAACAUGUGAGUACAGUCAUUCUCCAAAGGCAUUUAAUCACCUCCAUGCACUUACUAUGAUGUUUUAUUUUGUCCAAAUAUCUGAAUUACUAUUACAUUUGCUAUUAAUAGCACUGAUGGGAUGUAAGAAUAUUUGACAAGCAACAAUUUGAGGGAAUACAAGCUCUAAUUUGUUCUGCAGUGAGCCUCUCUCACACAACCUCUUCUCCUCCCCUCUGUCUCAGGGGUCCCGGAGGUCGAGGUUGGCCCAAUCCCAACGCAAACUCAGUAAGUCCUGUUCACUCACCUUCUCAAUCACUCACCUUCUUAAUCACUCACCACCUCACUCACUCUAAUGCCUCAUUGAUUUUAGAGGCAUUUCUUUGUUGUGAAAGUCACACGUUUACUGAUUCUGUCCCCUUUGUGUUCUCUCUAUAGAUAGCCUAUUCCUCCUCAUCUCCUGGCAACUAUGUGGUAAGUCUCAAGCCUAGAAAGACAGAAUCAUUAGAUCAUUUGUUUUGGUACUGUCCAUUUGUAGCUUGUUUUUGGACACAGGUCUAGGAAUGGCUAAAGGAUUGCAAUAUUUACCUGGAGCUAACCCUGCAGAUAGCACUACUGGGUGAUCUGAAAAGUCAUAGUCAAUCGAUCAAUAAUAUAAUAAUACUUUUAGCAAAAAUGUUUAUUUUCAAUUUAUAAUCUGUAGAAACAAUGAAUAUAGAAAGGUUCAGAACUUUUGUAAAACAUCACAGUACAGUUGAAAAAUAUAUGGCAAAUAGAAAUCCAAUAUGGAUGGUGUUAAGAGAUAGAUGGGUGGUGUUGAAUGGAGUUGAAGGAUGGGACUAAUAACAACUAACAACAACUAAUAACAACAAGAUAACUAAUAAUGUAAGCAUACUGUGUCCAUAAUAAGGCCCCGUGUAGCUCAGUUGGUAGAGCAUGGUGUUUGCAACGCCAGGGUUGUGGGUUCGAUUCCCACGGGGGGCCAGUAUGAAAAUGUAUGCACUCACUAACUGUAAGUCGCUCUGGAUAAGAGCGUCCGCUAAAUGACUAAAAUGUAAAAUGUAAUAAUAAGUAUAUACAGUUGAAGUCGGAAGUUUACAUACACCUUAGCCAAAUACAUUUAAACUCAGUUUUUCACAAUUCCUGACAUUUAAUCCUAGUCAAAAUUCCCUGUUUUAGGUCAGUUAGGAUCACCACUUUAUUUUAAGAAUGUGAAAUGUCAGAAUAAUAGUAGAGAGAAUGAUUUAUUUCAGCUUUUAUUUAUUUAAUCACAUUCCCAGUGGGUCAGAAGUUUACAUACACUAAAUUAGUAUUUGGUAGCAUUGCCUUUAAAUUGUUUAACUUGGGUCAAACGUUUUGGGUAACCUUCCACAAGCUUCCCACAAUAAGUUGGGUGUAUUUUGGCCCAUUCCUCCUGACAGAGCUGGUGUAACUGAGUCAGGGUUUGUAGGCCUCCUUGCUCGCACACGCUUUUUCAGUUCUGCCCACAAAUUUUCUAUAGGAUUGAGGUCAGUGCUUUGUGAUGGCCACUCCAAUACCUUGACUUUGUUGUCCUUCAGCCAUUUUGCCACAACUUUGGAAGUAUGCUUGGGGUCAUUGUCCAUUUGGAAGACCCAUUUGCGACCAAGCUUUAACUUCCUGACUGAUGUCUUGAGAUGUUGCUUCAAUAUAUCCACAUAAUUUUCCUCCCUCAUGAUGCCAUCUAUUUUGUGAAGUGCACCAGUCCCUCCUGCAGCAAAGAACCCCCACAGCAUGAUGCUGCCACCCCCUUGCUUCAUGGUUGGGAUGGUGUUCUCCGGCUUGCAAGUGUCCCCCUUUUUCCUCCAAACAUAACGAUGGUCAUUAUGGCCAAACAGUUCUAUUUUUGUUUCAUCAGACCAGAGGACAUUUCUCCAAAAAGUACGAUCUUUGUCCCCAUGUGCAGUUGCAAACCGUAGUCUGGCUUUUUUAUGGCGAUUUUGGAGCAGUGGCUUCUUCCAUGCUGAGCGGCCUUUCAGGUUAUGUCAAUAUAGGACUUGUUUUACUGUGGAUAUAGAUACUUUUGUACCUGUUUCCUCCAGCAUCUUCACAAGGUCCUUUGCUGUUGUUCUGGGAUUUAUUUGCACUUUUCGAACCAAGGUACGUUCAUCUCUAGGAGACAGAACGCGUCUCCUUCCUGAGUGGUAUGACGGCUGCGUGGUCCCAUGGUGUUUAUACUUGCGUACUAUUGUUUGUACAGAUGAACGUGGUACCUUCAGGCGUUUGGAAGUUGCUCCCAAGGAUGAACCAGACUUGUGGAGGUCUAGAAUAAUUUUUCUGAGGUCUUGACUGAUUUCUUUUGAUUUUCCCAUGAUGUCAAGCAAAGAGGCACUGAGUUUGAAGGUAGGCCUUGAAAUACAUCCACAGGUACACCUCCAAUUGACUCCAAUGAUGUCAAUUAGCCUAUCAGAAGCUUAUGUUCUCAUUUUCUGGAAUUAUCCAAGCUGUUUAAAGGCACAGUCAACUUAGUGUAUGUAAACUUCUGACCCACUGGAAUUGUGAUACAGUGAAUUAUAAGUGAAAUAAUCUGUCUGUAAACAAUUGUUGGAAAAAUGACUUGUGUCAUGCACAAAGUAGAUGUCCUAACCGAUUUGCCAAAACUAUAGUUUGUUAACAAGAAAUGUGUGAAGUGGUUGAAAAACGAGUUUUAAUGACUCCAACCUAAGUGUAUGUAAACAUCUGACUUCAACUGUAUGUCUAGAUGUUUUGGGAAUAUCAAUCCUCUAAAUCUCUCUCUCCUCCUCUCGUCUUUAUCCCAGGGUCCUCCAGGGGGUGGAGGCCCACCAGGAACUCCCAUCAUGCCUAGCCCAGGAGGUAGGUCACACUUAUUUGUCUCCAUGUCACUCCUCACUCAGCCCACUCUAUUUAAGCUGUUUGUUUCAUUCAUGGUUCUGCUUAUGACUCCCAGUGCUCAUUUACUUUGUGGGCACAGUCACACUGACAUUUUGAGUGAUUUGUAUGUUAAACAACCUUAGCUAGUUAUGUGUCGUCUAUACUGGACCAGUGGACUUGUGUAAAUUGGCAGAGUAUUGAGCUGUGAUCAUCUGAUGUUCUCAGCGAUGCUGCAUCAGUCUGAUGUUCCUGUUGAGGACAGCACAGACAGAACAAACUGCUCUGGACUAACAUCCUGUGGAUGUGCAGUUUUUGUUAGGGUGGAGCAGUUUCUUUCUGUGUCCACUAUUUAUUAUUUAUAUACAUACCUCUAUUGUGAUGCGUUGCCUGGGCAACCUGUGCACAGCGCUCCUUACACGUAGAGCUGGAACACAUUUUUACACUGCAGUCGCCAAGACCCCCCCCACCCUGCCACACCCUCAGUCACGGCUGCACAAUCUACACCCAGGGCCACAAACAGGCGCCAAACCCCACACUCUCUCUUUCUUUUUUUCUCUUGCCCCCAUUCUCUCUCCCUCUUUUUCCCUCUCUCUUUCACUCAUUCUCUCUCUCUCUCUAUCCCUUCAUUUGUUAUAUACAUGUAUCUCCUACUCUCACCACACUGCAAUGUCGGAUCAAGGUCACCUCGACAGUCGUGGUCAAAAGUUUUGAGAAUGACACAAUUAUUGGUCUUCUCAAAGUUCGCUGCUUCAGUGUUAUGAGAUAUGUUUGUCAGAUGUUACUGUGGUAUACUGAAGUAUAAUUACAAGCAUUCCAUAAGUGUCAAAGGCUUUUAUUGACAAUUAUAUUAAGUUUAUGCAAAGAGUCAAUAUUUGCAGUGUUGACCCUUCUUUUUCAAGACCUCUGCAAUCCGCCCUGGCAUGCUGUCAAUUAACUUCUGGGCCACAUCCUGACUGAUGGCAGCCCAUUCUUGCAUAAUCAAUGCUUGGAGUUUGUCAGAAUUUGUGGGGUUUUGUUUGUCCACCCGCCUCUUGAGGAUCGACCACAAGUUCUCAAUGGGAUUAAGGUCUGGGGAGUUUCCUGGCCAUGGACCCAAAAUGUCGAUGUUUUGUUCCCCGAGCCACUUAGUUCUCACUUUUGCCUUAUGGCAAGGUGCUCCAUCAUGCUGGAAAAGGCAUUGGUCGUCACCAAACUGUUCUUGGAUGGUUGGGAGAAGUUGCUCUCGGCGGAUGUGUUGGUACCAUUCUUUAUUCAUGGCUGUGUUCUUAGGAAAAAAUGUGAGUGAGCCUACUCCCUUGGCUGAGAAGCAACCCCACACAUGAAUGAUCUCAGGAUGCUUUACUGUUGGCAUGACACAGGACUGAUGGUAGCGCUCACCUUGUCUUCUCCGGACAAGGUGUUUUCCGGAUGCCCCAAACAAUCGGAAAGGGGAUUCAUCAGAGAAAAUGACUUUACCCCAGUCCUCAGCAGUCCAAUCCCUGUACCUUUUUCAGAAUAUCAGUCUGUCCCUGAUGUUUUUCCUGGAGAGAAGUGGCUUCUUUGCUGCCCUUCUUGACACCAGGCCAUCCUCCAAAAGUCUUCACCUCACUGUGCGUGCAGAUGCACUCUCACACCUGCCUGCUGCCAUUCCUGAGCAAGCUCUGCACUGGUGGUGCCCCGAUCCCGCAGCUGAAUUGCCUGUAGUUACUGUAGGCUGGACUAACUGUUGUUUUUUUCUCACCAGACUCCACAAAUUCCAGUGAAAACAUCUACACAAUGAUGAAUCCUAUUGGCCCUGGUGGUAACAGACCUAAUGUAAGCUGGCUCUUUGUUUUUCAUGGGGUUCCUGUUUUCAAAUCGAUAGAGGCAAUGAUUAUGCCAUUUAAUAUGAUAAUAAAAACGAUCAGUAAGUUGUAAUUUUUUUAUUUAUUUUUUACAGUUCCCAAUGGGUCCGGGCCCUGAUGGCCCAAUGGGUGGAAUGGGAAGCAUGGAGCCACACCAUAUGAACGGAUCGCUAGGUGAGUUUUAACAGCAGCUAUCAGCUGAUCAGUAAUUAUACAAUUCUUCUCAUCUGUCAGCAUGUAGAACUGGUUGCCAGGAAUUUAUUUAACCAUUGAGAUGAACAGGAAAUUUGAAAUGUCCGAAAAUUGCGUAUCAAUAUUAGGCAGUAAUUUAAUUUUAAUUUCUACCGUAGAAUAUUGAUGUGAUCAUCUAGUUUAAAUUGUUGAAAUCCGGUAGCACUUUCCUAGUGUGACAAUACCCUCUUGUGGACGGUAGAGGUAAUGCUCCCUUCAUAGUAGUAUUGAUUGAAGUGGAAACAGAUUAUGUGGGCAGCAAGCGGGCACAUUGAUUCUGUAGACAGGUGAGACAUGAUCGAUGAAGCCAAUGAAGUUGGGUCUCAUCUGUAUUUGAAACAAAUAGCUUAAUUAAAGCACAUUACCUGUGUUAAGUGUUGAAUGUGAUCCCCAGCCAGAGCUGUUGAUCAUAGCUUUACAGUGAUGAGCUUUUCACUCAUGUCAAUCUCUCUCUUGUUGUUUUCAGGCUCUGGUGACAUGGAUGGGUUGCCAAAGGUGAGACUAUAAAAGACUCCAUAUUAGAUAGACUUGUCUUGCAUUCAUUUCAAUGCACACCCAUCAGCUAAAGUUGAUCCAAGGUGCUUAUAAUACUGAUGAUUUGGUUUGUACCCAAAGCUGCUAGAAAUUCAGUAAUGACACUUUAUGAUGACAUCCAGUCACUAGAAAUGGCUGAUGAGAGUGGGAAGGCCUGUCUUGCUAAAUCUAGAUGUUUCUUUCUUUUGUGUAGAAUUCUCCCAACAACAUGGCAGGCAUGAACAACCCCCCGGGAACUCCGCGGGAUGAUGGGGAGAUGGCAGGCAACUUUUUAAACCCAUUCCAAAGUGAAAGUGUGAGUACUCUACAGCGCUACAGUCCUUCUCUUCCCUAACCUGCAACCAUUAGGCAGUGUGCUUCUGUGAAGAAAUUCUCAUCUCACUGCUGACUUUAUUCCUACAGUGAGGGGAAAAAAGUAUUUGAUCCCCUGCUGAUUUUGUACGUUUGCCCACUGACAAAGAAAUUAUCAGUCUAUAAUUUUAAUGGUAGGUUUAUUUGAACAGUGAGAGACAGAAUAACAACAAAUACAUCCAGGAAAACGCAUGUCAAAAAUGUUAUGAAUUGAUUUGCAUUUUAAUGAGGGAAAUAAGUAUUUGACCCCUCUGCAAAACAUGACUUAGUACUUGGUGGCAAAACCCUUGUUGGCAAUCAGAGGUAAGACGUUUCUUGUAGUUGGCUACCAGGUUUGCACACAUCUCAAGAGGGAUUCUGUCCCACUCCUCUUUGCAGAUCUUCUCCAAGUCAUUAAGGUUUUGAGGCUGACGUUUGGCAACUCCAACCUUCAGCUCCCUCCACAGAUUUUCUAUGGGAUUAAGGUCUGGAGACUGGCUAGGCCACUCCAGGACCUUAAUGUGCUUCUUCUUGAGCCACUCCAUUGUUGCCUUGGCCAUGUGUUUUGGGUCACUGUCAUGCUGGAAUACCCAUCCACAACCCAUUUUCAAUGCCCUGGCUGAAGGAAGGAGGUUCUCACCCAAGAUUUGAUGGUACAUGGCCCUGUCCAUCGUCCCUUUGAUGCGGUGAAGUUGUCCUGUCCCCUUAGCAGAAAAACACCCCCAAAGCAUAAUGUUUCCACCUCCAUGUUUGACGGUGGGGAUGGUGUUCUUGGGGUCAUAGGCAGCAUUCCUCCUCCUCCAAACACGGCGAGUUGAGUUGAUGCCAAAGAGCUCGAUUUUGGUCUCAUCUGACCACAACACUUUCACCCAAUUAUCCUCUGAAUCAUUCAGAUGUUCAUUGGCAAACUUCAGAUGGCCCUGUAUAUGUGCUUUCUUGAGUAGGGGGACCUUGCGGGCACUGCAGGAUUUCAGUCCUUCACGGCGUAGUGUGUUACCAAUUGUUUUCUUGGUGACUAUGGUCCCAGCUGCCUUGAGAUCAUUGACAAGAUCCUCCCGUGUAGUUCUGGGCUGAUUCCUCACUGUUCUCAUGAUCAUUGCAACUCCACGAGGUGAGAUCUUGCAUGGAGCCCCAGGCCGAGGGAGAUUGACAGUUAUUUUGUGUUUCUUCCAUUUGCGAAUAAUCACACCAACUGUUGUCACCUUCUCACCAAGCUGCUUGGCGAUGGUCUUGUAGCCCAUUCCAGCCUUGUGUAGGUCUACAAUCUUGUCCCUGACAUCCUGAUUGAUUGAUUGCUUCUGUGGACAGGUGUCUUUUAUACAGGUAACAAACUGAGAUUAGGAGCACUCCCUUUAAGAGUGUGCUCCUAAUCUCAGCUCGUUACCUGUAUAAAAGACACCUGGGAGCCAGAAAUCUUUCUGAUUGAGAGGGGGUCAAAUACUUACUUCCCUCAUUAAAAUGCAAAUCAAUUUAUAACAUUUUUUACAUGUGUUUUUCUGGAUUUUUUUUGUUGUUAUUCUGUCUCUCACUGUUCAAAUUAACCUACCAUUAAAAUUAUAGACUGAUCAUUUCUUUGUCAGUGGGCAAACGUACAAUAUCAGCAGGGGAUCAAAUACUUUUUCCCCUCACUGUAUAUCCUAAACACUUUCCCUUCGGUCUUUACCUCACUUUGUCGAAAUUAGAUUUGUUUUAUAAUGUCAACGUAGAAAAUAUUCAUAAUUCUUACCUGGCUAUCUCAUAAAGUAGUCUGCUUGUUAUGCUUGAUAACAAACUUUUACGUUGACAAAAUCACAAUUACAUUGAGUGAAGUUGCUUAUUGCUUGCAUGUUGAAUUAGCAUCAUAUGAACAGUGUAAUAUAGCAUUGGCUCAUCUAUUUCCCCCCUUCCCUUCUUCUCUCUUUGCAGUAUUCACCCAACAUGACGAUGAGUGUGUGAUUUCUUUUUUAUUUUAUCUUUUAUUCUAUUUUAUUUUAUUUCUUUUUUUAUCUCUCCCCCUUACCCUCCCACCCCGCUGCAUCUUGCAUUGCCCUCUCCACCCCCCCCCCCCCCCUCCCGGAUGGCGUGCUGUGUUUUGCAGCCCCCUGGGAUGUCACUGGAGCGCAGGACUCCCAUCAAGAUCACCCAUCCCAGUGUGUGCAAAGUGGGGCUUCAGAUCAGGAAACAGUCUCAGAGCCACAGGAAGAGCCAGCUCAGUGACUCCCCCUGUCUGCCUGGCUUCCUCACAGGCCCAGGACAGUGA